AUAAUUGAUACAAGUCUGUCUAAAUAAAUGGCUACAAGAGGAAUCUUCAAAGAAGUAAAAUUGCCUGAGCAAAAAUGCUACGAAAAUGGCCUUGUCUUCCCAAUGGUGUUAUCCCCAAACACUAACAACACUAGUGAUUUGAAUGUAUUUGAAGAAGCCAUCAAAGCCGAGAAGCCAUGGCUGGAAUCUCAUCUUAAAGAAAGGGGAGUCAUUCUCUUCCGUGGCUUCAAACUUGAGUCCCCUUCCGACUUCAAUGACGUUGUUGAAGCUUUCGGAUUCCCUGAAUUGGUGUAUCUUGGUGGUCGAGCCCCCCGAACCAACGUUGUUGGCCGAGUAUUCACCGCAAAUGAAAGCCCUCCUGAUGAAACUAUUCCUUUCCAUCAUGAGAUGUCUUAUAUGCUAAACUAUCCCUCCAAGGUAUUUUUCUUUUGCGACGAAGAGCCAGAAAGCGGGGGAGAAACUCCAAUACUAUUGAGUCCUAUCUUAUAUGAUAAGAUGAAAGAGAAACACCCAAAAUUCGUCGCGAAACUUGAGCAACACGGAGUCACAUACGGAGGUGUAGUAGGCAACGAGGAUAACCUAUCCCAUGGAAAUGGAAAUAGCUGGAAGUCGAUAUAUAUGACUAAUGACAAGAAAGUUGCGGAAGAAAGGGCAAAAAAGCAGGGGUCAAGGCUAGAAUGGAUGGAAAAUGGUGUAAAGGAAAUAACCGGUCCUUUACCUGCCAUCAAAGUAUUACACGAAGAAAGCCAAAAGAAAUCAUGGUUCAAUAACUUGACAAAUAGUUACCUAUCGAGAAAAAAGGGUAUAUUUUUCGAGUCGACGCUUGGGAAUGGGGAAGGUGCUCCUGAUGAUGUCAUGGAAGAUUGCUUGAGGAUUAUGGAACAAGAAUGUGUUGUCAUUCCUUGGAAGAAAGGUGAUGUCAUGCUUAUUAAUAACUUGAUGGUCAUGCAUGCCCGAAAGCCACUAAUAAAGCCUCCACGCCGGGUACUUGCAGCCUUGUGCAAGUGAUCCAUCGACAUGAAAAAAAAAAAGAGAUUGAUUUCGCUUUGAUAUAUAUAUAUAUAUAUAUAUAUUUGCCUUUGUUUGUUUCAUUAAUUAAAAUAAAGAAAAUGAUUAAUGUUUGUCUAUCUGUUUUUAAUCUACAUGUCUAAAUAUGUGCCUAAUAAGAGAUACUUCAAUUCGUAUUGUGAUUGAACAAUGUGGAUGUAAGUUAAAGUAUUUAAUUAUAUUAUUUGUUGGUCA